UUUUUUUUUUUUUUUUUUUUUUUUUAAUUUUUUUUUUUUUUUUAACGUUGUCUGCUGGGAGAAAGGAGGCGAGGGACCACUUGGUGCUGAGGAACUGACCUCUGGCCUGGCAGGCCUCUGGACGGGGAGGGUCGAAGAGGAGUGGCUGCGGUGGGGGGACUCCAUGCGGGGGCCAUGGACAGAGCAGCGCUCCUGGGACUGUCCCGCCUGUGCGCGCUGUGGGCAGCCCUGCUCGCGCUGUUUCCCUGCGGAGCCCAAGGAAACUGGAUGUGGUUGGGCAUCGCCUCCUUUGGGGUUCCGGAGAAGCUGGGCUGCGCCAACUUGCCGCUGAACAGCCGCCAGAAGGAGCUGUGCAAGAGGAAACCGUACCUGCUGCCGAGCAUCCGCGAGGGUGCCCGCCUGGGCAUCCAGGAAUGCAGGAGCCAGUUCAAACAUGAGAGAUGGAACUGCCUGGUGGCCACCGCCUCCCAGCAGGGCACCAGCCCCCUCUUCGGCUACGAGCUGAGCAGCGGCACCAAGGAAACAGCAUUUAUUUAUGCUGUGAUGGCUGCAGGCCUGGUGCAUUCUGUGACCAGGUCAUGUAGUGCAGGCAACAUGACGGAGUGUUCCUGUGACACCACCUUGCAGAAUGGCGGCUCAGCGAGUGAAGGCUGGCACUGGGGGGGCUGCUCUGAUGAUGUUCAGUAUGGCAUGUGGUUCAGCAGAAGGUUCCUAGAUUUCCCCAUCAGAAACACCACGGGAAAAGAGAGCAAAGUACUGUUAGCAAUGAACCUACAUAACAAUGAAGCUGGAAGGCAGGCUGUCGCCAAGCUGAUGUCACUAGACUGCCGGUGUCACGGAGUUUCCGGCUCCUGUGCUGUGAAAACGUGUUGGAAAACCAUGUCUUCUUUUGAAAAGAUUGGCCAUCUGUUGAAGGACAAAUACGAAAACAGCGUCCAAAUCUCAGACAAGAUAAAGAAGAAAAUGCUCAGGAGAGACAAAGAUCAGAGGAAAAUACCCAUCCGCAAGGAUGAUCUGCUCUACGUUAAUAAAUCUCCCAAUUACUGUGUAGAGGAUAAGAAACUAGGGAUCCCAGGGACCCAGGGCAGGGAGUGCAACCGCACCUCAGAGGGUGCGGAUGGCUGUAACCUUCUCUGCUGUGGCAGAGGCUACAACACCCACGUGGUCAGGCACGUGGAGAGAUGCGAGUGCAAGUUUAUCUGGUGCUGCUACGUCCGUUGCAGGAGGUGUGAAAGCAUGACUGACGUCCACACUUGCAAGUAGUCACUCCAUUCAGCCUUGGGCAAGAGUCCUCACUGAGGGACCCACCACAGGAGCACCUCCCAGAGGCGCCUCCCACUGUGCAGGGUCCCCGAAGUUGACUCCUGCCUCUCUGGAUUCCCCAGGUCCUCCAGCCUCUCAGAGGCCCCUUUACCUGUUGGAUGUCCGAGCAUACACUGAGCAUGUGCCUUUCUUGGGAUCCUAAAGUUCUGAAGAUUCUUUUGGCGGUUUGGGGAAUAUAUGUAUUGACAGACAAGGAAGAAAAAGCUGUGUCCUAAGCUAGAAAGAACAGAAAAGCACUUUCUUGCCCAGAGACCUGGUGCAUACAAGGGAGGAGACUCUCGUCUUUGGAACUCAGUUAUGGAACUCAAUAGUGGUGGGUGAAUACUGUCAUUUUUUAAAAGACACCUCUUAGAGCAGCACUGAACAUGAAUCUCAUUUAUUCGCUCAGUUUUUUUUUUUUUUUAAUUGAUCCCCCCGGGGCAUAUGGAAGUUCUGGGCCAGGGAUUGAGUCCCACCCAGCAGCAGCAGCAGCAGCAGCAGCAAAGCUGGAUCCUUUAACCCACUGCAUGGAGCUGGGGAUGGAGCCAGCGCCUCUGCAGCCACCCAAGCCACCGCAGUCAGAUUCUUAAUCCACUGCAUUACAGCAGGACCUCCUCUCAGUAUUUUUUAUGAAGAAAUCAUACUGUUUGUGUGUAGAAACAGAAGUGGUUAACAAGUUAGCAGAAAUGGUAGGUGCCUACUUACCCUUUCAUAAGAAAAAAGGUAAUUAAAAAGAAUCUUCAUAAGUGAUACACCAUCUCUAAAAAGUAUUCGUUAGGGAUAUUUAGUGACACCAUGAGAGAAACAAAAUGUAAAAAGUAAAAUGUAUGAUUUGGAGUUUAAGUGACUUUUAACAGAGAAUUUAUCUAGAAAAAUAUCAGUAAGGUAUAUAGCAACCUUUGAUCUUUGACUUCGCGCUUUCAUUAUAGACCGCUUUCCACUAUUAAAAACUCAGCUCAAUAUUUCAACCAAGAGAGGAAGAGAUCCUGAAAGCACGCAGGAAAAGUAGAGGUAAAACUAUAAAGGGCUCUUCUACAUUAUAAUACGAAAAGCACACUUUCAAAGUGUAAAGACAGUAUUUUGUAUAGUAUUUUGCUAAAACUUUUUAUAUUUUGUAAAUCCUGUAUUUAAGUUAUAUGAUAUAUAUUGAAACUUAAGAUAUUUAUUGCCAAAGCCCGAGAGCUAAGGUAAUAAAAUUAUCUCAGAAAUAAUAUUAGCUUCUGUUUCCUUUCAUACUAUUAAGUCUGACUUUUUAUACACAUUGAAAAAGAAGUUCAUUGAGCAGUUAGUUAUAUGGAUGCAUAUUUCUUGCCAAAAUGGCAGUUUUAUACGUUAUAGAUUAAAAUAUGCUGUGAUAUAUUGAUAAUUGUUUUAUUUCAGCAGUCAGAUUAGUUGAUUUCUGUUUUUAAUUAGUUGUGUUUAACUUGUAAGGUUGUUAUAAUAAAUUAUAUCGUAAAAAAAAAGUCUUAACUGGUAAAAAAGAGUCUAAAUCAGAAGAAUGAUCAAUUUGUGGAUUUGAUAUCCUGGAUAUUUAUUAUGUUGUAUGUGAUGCUGCAUUUCCAUGUGAAGUUGAAUGUUUUUUUGUUUGUUUGUUUUAGUAUUCAUGCAUGUAUAUUCAUCAUAUUUUACAAAGUUCCUGGUGAAAAUUACAGGGCUAUAUUUAAGGUUGUAUUUUAAUGUAAAUGCUUAUGUUUUUAUGAAUUGUUAAAUAUUUCAGUAUCAUAUAGAAAAAAAUAGAUUUUCUAAGU